AUGCACGAUGAACCUGAAAAGAAGAAGAAAGGGUUGAAGUUAACCAGAAAAUCGACUCGAAAAAUCAUAGGAAAAUGGAGGAAACUGAGUUCCGAGGAGCACGGAGAGCUAUCAACGACAGAAUCGAUAGAAAUAGAUGAUGUUCCAAGUGUGAAGCGUGUAUUAGGACUACCAUUAUCGGAAUCAGUGGCUGCUGAUCCGUCAUUCGAUGGAAUUCCACUCCCAUCAUUCUUCAGAUACGCCCUAGAUUUUGUUGAAAAAAAUGGGCUAUGCACAGAGGGAAUUUAUAGAUUAAGUCCACCGAAAAGUCGAUUGGAUGUGCUGGAGAGGAGAGCCAAUUGUGGGGAGAUGAUGGUUUUUACGGACCCGCAUGAAGCGGCGGGGCUGAUUAAGAGAUUCCUUCGUCAAAUCCCCGAAUGCGUCGUUCCUCCAGAAUUCGACGUCAUCGCAGAAUCAUGUAGUUGUGGUCUGGCGACCACAACUCAAUUAACUCCGAAAUUAGUUUGUAAUUGUGGUGCAGUUCGAAAUUUACGCGAAUCACUGAAUCGAAUAGGAAUCGAGAGAAAGACAUUGUUCAUCUAUGUAUUUUUACAUGCACAACAUGUUGGCUCAGUGUAUUGUGUGCAAACACCGAGCUGGACAAUGCAUUUGUUGUUUGCACACAAUACACGGAACCUUACGACAAUUUUCAAAAAAGUUAUGUGCAAUUUGUCUAAUCCAAAAGACUACAGUAAUUUUUUUCAGGAGAAAGAGAACAAAAUGGGUCUUCAAGCACUGGGAUUAUUGCUCCAGACGGUUCUGGAAAUGUCCAGGAAAAUGGUGUGCUUCUCGGCGCACGCCAUACGACCGUGUGACGGGAUUACGGUACCUGGAGUGAGUUACCCUUUGAAUUUUAGGUUUUGGAUUACUGUAGGUGCUAGGGGAUACAUCCCGCCCCUGGAAGGCUUCCAAACUGUCGAAAAAUGGCUGGAAGAGGAGAAGAGUCAACAAAAAAUACACGAGGAACUGCAAAAACAGCAAUUCCUAUUGGACUUGUUGCAUUCGAAGAUCAGUGCCCGCCACGAGCAAGGCAAAUCCACUGGAAAACUAGACGAGAAUGCGUGGCAGGUCCAGAACAGCAUCACAGCGAUCAAGAGGAAAUUGAAGCAACUUCUGGACGCUCUGCCCCAAGUUGUACCGCUGAAUCCGAUUUCCGACACCUCCAGAUGUAUAGAAAUGUACGAGGAGAAGCAAUUGAUGGCCACCCAGGGGAUGCUAAGAGAAGAUAUCGCUGAAGAACGUCAGAAAAUUGCGAAAUUGUGCUGGAAAUUGAGAAAUUUCAAGGAUUUUGACGAAAAAAUCGAAAAAUCCGAGGAAAAAUCCGACGAAUGGAUGGAAAAGUGCAAAUUGGAAGAGGCCGCCCGUUCGACACUUCUCGAAGAAAUCACCCGCCUUCGAUCGGAAUGUGCUGAUCUUCGUGCUCGGCUGGAAAUGGAGUCU